AUGACUUGUAAGAAUGAUACCCAAGUGAGUGAAUUCAUCCUUGUUGGCUUCUCCACCCUCCCAAAGAUGCAAGUUGCCCUUUUUUUGGUAUUCCUCAGCAUCUACACCGUAACCUUGUUGGGGAACAUCAUUAUUGUCAUUCUUAUCACAGUUGAGGUUGCCCUUGACACCCCCAUGUACUUCUUCAUCCGUAAUCUCUCAGUUAUUGAGACAGGCUUCACCUUGGUUAUGGUACCCAAGAUGCUUGUUAAUCUACUAUCAAGAAACAAAAACAUCUCCUUUGUGGGCUGCGGUACCCAGAUGUAUUUCUUCUUCUUUUUUGGCAGCACUGAGUGUUUCUUGCUUUCCUUGAUGGCCUAUGACCGCUAUGUGGCCAUCUGCAACCCACUGCGCUACAGUAUAAUCAUGAACAGGAAGGUCUGUUUUUGGAUGGCUGCUGGGUCCUGGAUUGCUGGCAUACCUGUUUCUAUGCUUCAGACAGCCUGGAUGUUCACUUUGCCUUUCUGUGGUCCCAAUGAAAUUAACCAUUUCUUCUGUGAUGGUCCUCCAGUGCUGAAACUAGUGACUGGGGACACCUCUAUGUAUGAGAUGCAGGCACUUAUGUCCACCCUCUUUUUCAUCAUGUUUCCCUUCUUCCUGAUCCUGGUGUCCUACAUCCACAUCAUCACCACCAUCCUCAGGAUGACAUCAGCAGAGGGCAGGAGAAAAGCCUUCUCCACAUGCUCCUCUCACCUCACUGUGGUAACACUGUUCUAUGGUACAGCCAGUUUGAACUACUUCCGGCCCAAGUCCAGCAAUUCACCAGAGAGCAAGAAACUGGCGUCUCUGUCUUACACAGUUAUCACGCCUAUGUUAAAUCCCAUAAUAUACAGUCUGAGGAACAAUGAGGUGAAAGGGGCCCUGAAGAGAACAUUCUGCAGAGGAAGGUCAUCCCAGAAAGGCUAA